UUGCAGUGUGGAGAAGCGUCGUAAUGGCUGAGCUCCUUCUCCUGAAUGAUCCCCCAAGGAUGGACAAGGACAGGAAUGAGAUGACUAAGAGAAUAUUACACUUCACCUUGGAGAUCCUCCACCUGCUGACCGGAGAGGAUUACACCAUAGUGAAGAAGACAUGGGGGGAGUGUGUGGCCCCCAGCAGUCAUCUCCAUGAGUCACGACGGAGCAGGGCCCGGGGCCCCAACACGGAGCCUCCACCUCACUCACUGAUACAUGAGGAGAAGAUCCUAGAACUCACCCACAGGAUCACUGAGCUGCUGACUGGAGAGGUUCCUAUAAGGUGUCAGGAUGUGGCGGUCUAUUUCUCCAUGGAGGAGUGGGAGUAUGUAGAAGGACACAAGGAUCUGUACCAGGACAUAGUCAUGAUGGAGGAUCACCGGCCCCUCACAUCACAAGAAAAUCCCAGUAAGAAUUCUGAGGGAAACUUCAUGUUAUCCCUGAAUGAUGAAGGAGAAGAUGAAGAUAUGAUGGAGCGCUCCUCAGGAGAAGACCUCCUUACCCCUAAUGUCCAUCCAGAUCUAUCCUAUAAUAAUCCACCUGAUCAUGAGGAACCUUCUCCUGACCAACCACACAUUGUUACCACAAGGACAGAGCAGGAACAUGGGAAAGGUUUAUAUUGUGAGGAAUGUGGAAGAUGUUUUACAAAAAGAUCAGCUCUUCUUACACACCAAAAAAGUCACACGAGAGAGAAGACUUAUUCAUGUUCAGAAUGUGGGCAGUGCUUUAUAAGUAAAUUAAAUCUUGCUAAACAUGAGAUAAAUCACACUGGAGAAAAAGUGUAUUCAUGUUCAGAAUGUGGGAAAUGUUUUAAACAUAAAUCGCAUUUUGAUAGACAUGAGAAAAUUCACACAGGAGAGAAGCCAUAUUCGUGCUCAGAAUGUUGUAAAUGUUUUAUAAGUAAAUCAGAUCUUGUUGUACAUGAAAGAAGUCACACAGGAGAGAAGCCAUAUUCAUGUUUAGAAUGCGGCAAAUGUUUUACUAAUCAAUCUAAUCUUGUUAUACAUGAGAGAAUUCACACAGGUGAAAAGCCAUAUUCAUGCUCAGUGUGUGAGAAAAGUUUUAAAAGUAAAUCAGAUUUAGUUGUACAUGAAAGAAGUCACACAGGAGAAAAGCCAUAUGUAUGCUCAGAAUGUGGGAAAUGUUUUAAAAGUAAAUCAGAGCUUGUGAAGCAUGAGAGAAUUCAUACAGGAGAAAAGCCUUAUUCAUGUGCAGAAUGUGGGAAAUGUUUUACAAGUAAGUCAAAUCUUGUUAUACAUGAGAGGAGUCACACAGGCGUGAAGCCAUAUUCGUGUGCAGAAUGUAAGAAAUGUUUUACAGGUAAAUCAGAACUUGUGAUGCAUGAAAGAAGUCACACAGGAGAAAAGCCAUAUUCAUGCGCAGAAUGUGGGAAAGGUUUUACAAGUAAAUCCAAUCUUGUUAUACAUGAGAGGAGUCACACAGGCGUGAAGCCCUAUUCAUGUUCUGAAUGUGGGAAAGGUUUUACUAAUAAAUCAAAUCUUGCAAUGCAUGGAAGAAGUCACACUGGAAUGAAGCCAUUUUCAUGUUCUGAAUGUGAGAAAUCUUUCACAGAAAAAUCCAGUCUUGUUAGACACGAGAGAAGCCACGUUUACGUUCAGAAUAUGGGAAAUGUUUUUAUGAAUCAAUCAUAACUUCCGGACAUGAGCGAAUUCACACAGGAGGCAGAAAUAAUUCAUGAACCAUAAUAUAAACUCCAUAAUGAAACGUAAGCAGAAGCUAAAGCCGCAGAAACACCCAAAGGGUUAAAGGGGUAUUCCAGGCAAAAACUUUUUUUUUAUAUAUAUCAACUG